UUUUUUUUUUUUUUUUUUUUUUCUCUUUUUUUUUUUUUUUUUUUUUUUUUUUUUAUAUAUAUAUAUAUACACUCCAUGACAGAGAAUAAUAAUAACUUGUUUCAGUUGGCACAGGUGGUAACCGAGUUACCGCAUCAGCAGCAACCUUCUUCUCCCUUGCCUCAUUCACGUUCUAAUGAAGGUCAUCAUCCUCUCCUUGCAAGAAAGAAUGCAUGUAUUGUGUGUGCAGUUUGUUUUACCUGUUCUGGUUAUUACGGAAGCAAUUGCCAUUGCUUGGAAACGCAACCGCGUCGUGGUAAAAACUUGCCAGAAGGAGGGCUUGAUUCGAGAGCCAAGAAAUUAUCACGUCAAGAUCGAGAUGAUUAUGAAUUUACGUUAAAAUGGUUAGAUGAAUUCACCCACAGUAUUUACAGAGACAGAGAACAGAAUAUCAUCGGCUUGAAUGACUUGACAGAGGUAUCACUUUGUAAGGCACAUUCAAGUACCUUGUAUCGUGCAAAAAAAAGGCAUCAGCGUAACAUGAAUCAAGCUCCGCCUUCUCCCGCUGAUUCCAAUGGCACAAUCAUGGAGGAUUACCCGUUACUUCCACAGCCACAUUUCAGCUCUGGUUACUCUGGUGCAUUGGCUGCCAAAGUACGCGAGAUCUCUUUCCAACAGCAACAGCAACAACAACAACAGCAAAGUUACCCUGUAGAGUCACCUGAUUUUUCAAUGAUGACCACAUCUACAUCAGUGAAAAGAAAAAGAACGGUGACUAAAUUAGAUAAUAAGCCAUCUAGCAGUGCAUCUACACCGUUAUUUACAAAUCAUAUGUCACCUCCACCUUCACUACUGUUGGGUGGCCAUAAUCACCAGCAUAAUCAUCAUCAUCAUAUACAUCAUCCUCAAGAGGGAGUCAAUAACAACAACAACCGGCCCACCAAUAGUUUCUCUUCACAGUUACCCCCACUUCAUCUACGUACACCUUCAUUAUCUUCAUUAUCUUCUACUUUACAACAUCAAUUACAUGUCACACCCACAUUUAAUACCAAUUACAGACAUACACCUGGCGUCAUCGAGACUGUCUCCUUAAAGAGCUCACCUCUGGAAAACAGGAUGGAUUCAAUAUACUACAUUCGUAACCUGGCCAUUACAGAUUCCUAUACAUUUAAAGACCUGUUAUCCGAGAUAGAUUUUGCGGGUCCUCCACCACCUGGUAAACGAGUGGUUAUAUCCGAUGUCAAGCGAGAGAGAAUAUUCCCUUUGGGGCAAGCCAUACGCAGUGUCAUUCGUUACCCAACAGAUUCUCAUGUAGAAUUCUAUCUGGGUCUGGCUGAUAAAGCCUCUAUUGACUGGAGUAAUUACAAAUAGUAUAACUAAAACAAAAAAAAAAAUUUAUAUAUACACCCAUAAAAAUAUCCCUCCCC